AUGCCCAGCUAUGCGUUCAACUCUCGUAGCAGCUCUUACUACACCGACGAUCAAUCGGACAGCUGUUACGGCGGCGACCCUGGUGUUUAUGGCGGCUCUGAUUUCGACUUCGAAUCCGAAUCUGAUAACGAGUCUGAAGACAAUGGUAACCACGAAGAACACUGCAACCAUCAUAGUACUGCGCUGUCUACUCGCUGCAAUGGCCACACGUAUGGGGGCAAGCCGUGCAGCCGGAAGGCGCACGUUUUUGACGAAGGCAUGCUCCCCGUAUGUAGGUCACACCGGUGGUACGGAGGACUGGGCGACUUCGGGAGAGCUGGUCGGUGCCAGGCCGUUGCAGCAUGCGGAUAUGUAUGCAAUCGACUCGCACCGUACGCGCCGUCAUUCCACUUUUGUAAAGAACACCAGAAAGGCUCUGAAGCACUUCCUUGUUACAUCACACGCCUGCCGACUGAGCUCCGGCUGAUGAUAUUCCGCUACCUGUUCCCAAAUGUCAUCAAGGACGAACGACUAUAUCGCACUCAUCCCGAUGCACCGCAUACUGCAGUGUUGUUCGUUAGUCGCCAGUUCUAUGAGGAGGCCGCCGUGCUCAUAUACGGCGAACCCAAGUUCGAGGUUAGGAUCUGGCCAACAUACAUACAGCUAUUCGGGAAGCGUUGGGAUCGUGAAGAUACCUGCUACAUCUUUGAAGAGCCCACCAAGAUCCUCUGUCGACCAGCCGCACGCCGCAUCCGCCAUUUGGAUAUUCAGGUCAAUUUUGCCCUCACGCAAUCAAACAUCAGGGGCGUCAGUGGGUUCGGUAGAUCGUACGAAGAGUUCGAACUAUACCAACUGCGGGACACCAUUCGAAAGUUUGUGGACGUCAUUUCACCAUCACCGUCCGAAUCCAGUCCAGCAGCUCUGAAGCGAUUGUCAGUCACACCAGCACCUUCGUGCAGGCAGCUUUGGCAAUCGGAUGAGGCUACCGCAGCGAUCUUCUUUGUUCUGGAACCUUUCUUGAGCCUACGCCCUAUCGGAAGGGUCUUUUUGCAUUCCCCCCCUCGUCCAGAGCUCUUCACGUACCGGGAACGCAAUUUCGUCUCGAUCAUCACCGAUCUCCCCAAGGACGACCUCUACUGCAUGCGUCGUAAUCAGUGGAUUUCCUUGAUGACCUUCGGUAACGAACCACCAAAGAGCAGCCAGGACGUGAACGGAGCGGCAGCGCUUGCAGCAGCAUACAGAAAGAUUGAAGACUUUGCACGGCUCAUCUAUAAACAGGAUUCACCUGAGUGUUUGAGGACAGCUGUCAGGCAAGCUUGGACGUCUUCAAUCUUCCGGGGAAUCGAACGAGUGCUACACAUUGCUCGGAUUGCGUAUGAGGACGGCGACCUUGGAUGCCUCAGGAAUAUUCGCGAAGCGAUUUUGAAGCGAUGGGUCACAGCGCAUCAGCAGCACCUGCAGUCUCUUUCUGCCGUUGCAGCUUCGGUGUCUGCUAUGUUCGAUGGCGAUGUGGCCAGUCUACACGAAGGACAUCCUGAAGCUUUUGACUUCAAAUACGUCGAUUUGGUGAAGAAAACAGAAACAGUGGAAGAUACGUGGCCAGAGAUUCCAGUCAAGGCUCCCAUGCCAAAGCUCAAAGGUCCCGACUUGAUCGUCGAGGAAAAGAGGCAGAAAGUCGUUGUUAUGAAGGACGGUGAGAAAAAGGAGUGGGCAAAGACACCGGCAGUGAUCCGUCAAUUGCGAGCAUACAAGCUAGAGAGCCCCUGA